AUGAAAGGAAUAAUGUCUGUAAAACUCACCGGUGAAAACUAUGAGCAUGGUUUCCCCAUCUCACACGAGACCAUCACAAUUCCAGGACCGCCACUGGGACAGGUGACAGUUCGAGAUGUUCCUUCGACGGGAGUCGUGCACAAUACAAUUCGUCUUCUAACACCACUUUUUCACAUCAUCAACAGUAUCACAAGUUUCCCCAAAGAAAAUUCAAGAAUCUACAAUAUUUUCUCGCUUACCGGAGGCUUUUCAACCAUGGCCCACUUCCAAUUCACUCUUAGGUAUGAAGGAAUCGGUCCUCUUAUUGCCAACGUUCACUUUCUACGCAAUAUAUCGGAUUCCGAUUAUUAUGAAGGAAAAAUGGAUAUCGAAAUUAUAAACGAAGGACUCUUUAAGGCACCCAGUGAAGUGUAUAUGGAGAAAGCAUUUGGAGACGGCAUGGUAAAUUAUUCGAAAAUCGCUACAGGAGUGCUACGAUUUGAACGGCAGCAGAUCCAAUUCACUACCAUGCAGAAGAAUUCUUCAAGGACUCUUCGUGGAAGCAUUGUUGGAACGGUUCGUGUCCCAGUGGAUGGAACUUCCUGCCUUCUAGAGAGUACUUCUCUUGUAGAAGAAAGCCUAGACGGAUUCCGAGUUCGUUUUGGAGACAAGGGAUUCUGCAACACUGCUUGUCCUUAUAGCAGCGGUUUCUGCACCAUCUACUGCCUUGACUACCCAGUUCUUGAGUCCAAAAGAAGAUUGUACGCUGAACCUGAAGGAUUUAGAAUACCGCGGUUUACUGAAGAAGAGGUAGCAGAGGAACAGGAAAACGAAAGCGAUUUAAGUCUCAAACAGGAACACUCUUCCAUGAGAAGAAAACUCUAG